AAAAAGAUGGCAGCGAUUGCCGACUGCUGUCUUUAGAAUUUAUUGCGAAAAUGGCGCAUUAUGUGAUAUUUUCACAUAAUUUAUUAAUUAUAAGUGAAAAUUUGUGUAGUGUUGCUUUGUGAUAGUGUGUUAAUUUACAUGAAUGACAGUGAUCUCGUGUGUAAACAGGACUUCAACUUUCUUCUGGAUAUUGGAUUACACAUAAAAUAAAGCCAAAAUGGUGGUCGGAGAAGCAAAACGUACUCAGCCGACCAACAUCAUGGACGGCAUAGAGAAUACCGGCGACGUUCGGCUCCAUGACCACAGACUGCGUCUCAAACAGAGAUUCGAUAUAGUUAGAAAAUUAGGACAAGGCACAUACGGUAAAGUGCAGCUGGGUAUAAACAAGAAGACGGGUCAAGAGGUGGCCAUCAAGACGAUAAAGAAAUGCAAGAUAGAGUCCGAAGCAGACCUGGUGCGCAUUCGGCGCGAGGUGCAGAUCAUGUCUUCAGUGAGACAUCCCAACAUCGUUCAUAUAUACGAAGUGUUUGAAAACAGUGAGAAGAUGAUUCUUGUUAUGGAGUACUGUUCUGGCGGAGAACUGUACGACUACCUCAGCCAAAAGAAAGUAUUAGAAGAAGAAGAAGCAAGGAGGUUGUUCCGUCAGAUCGCUACAGCUGUUUACUACUGUCACAUACACAAGAUAUGCCACAGAGAUUUAAAAUUAGAAAAUGUCUUACUGGACGACACUGGUAGUGCUAAGAUUGCCGACUUCGGUCUGUCGAACGUGUUUAAAGAGACCUCGUUAUUGUCUACAUUUUGCGGUUCGCCGCUUUACGCCUCGCCAGAGAUCGUUAAAGGAACGCCAUACAUCGGGCCAGAGGUGGACUGCUGGUCGCUGGGCGUGCUGCUGUACACGCUGGUGUACGGCGCAAUGCCCUUCGACGGCUCCAACUUCAAGCGCCUUGUGCGACAGAUCAGCAACGGCGACUACUACGAACCUAAAAAUCCAUCUACCGCCUCCCCACUUAUUCGCGACAUGCUCACAGUAGACCCGCUAAAGCGAGCCGAUAUUGCCUACAUUUGUGAUCAUCCGUGGGUGAACGCGGGGUGUCCGUCCUCGUGCCUGGAGCUGGCGCAGGCGCUGGCGGCGGAGACGCCGGUGCGGCUCGACCUGCUGCUCUCGCUCGCGCCCGCCGCCGCCUCGCACACCAACUCCGUCGUCGUGCCCACUGAGGCUGAACUCCGCCCCGAGGAGAGUUGCACCGACCUGACCAGUUCGACGUCGAUCCCGGUGGAGCCCAGCAACUCUGCUGAGAAGAGAAUCCUAGAAUUAGUCGCUGAGGGCGGCGAGGACGCAAUAAAGCCGUCUCCGACGCGCACCAUCGUGUCGGCGGGCGACAACAAGCGCAAGCUGGAGCUGGCCAUGUCCGCCAGCGGACUGCACAGGAAGAAGGAGAAGGUGGCCAGCUGCGCGAGCGUAGCGCAGCUGCCGGCCGCGCUGCCUGAGGAAGGAUCCCUGGACUCGCCGCCCGCAGACGAGGACCUCUCCAAUGAGCCGCCCCAGCCGUGCCUUAAGUCCUCUGCGACGAUCACGAUAGCGCCUGCGCCGGUGGAGCUCGCCAAAGAUGCCACAGUCGACAUUGUCAAGCAGAUGCCCAAACAAGAAGUUAACGACAAGCCUACCAAGAAGGUCACCUCCCCCAAAAUCGAGGAGAAAUCACCUUUUGAGAAACAAGAAGAAAUAAAGCAGGUGGAGGAGCAGAAGCCAGCGUCAGUGGCGACCACCACAGACAAGCUGACUUCCUUGACCCUCACGCAGCCAACGCCGGCCGCCGCCCCCGCGCCCGCUCCCGCGCCCGCGCCCUCGCCCGCCAAACCCAAGAAAUUGUCUAUUGGUGGACAUGUGGGUAGUUUCAAAGAACAGUUCGAGAGACGCGCGUCGUUGACUUCGGCUCCGGAGAUAAAACGAAAUGUAUCUAAGCCAGUUGUUUCUAAGAUUGCCAAAGCCAAAGCUCAAAGUGAGGACAGAGAUCUGCCGGCCAAGUCUCCGGACAAUGGCACUGUGCGGCUUCAGCAAAUUGGAAUAGAACCUUCACAGGCUCCUGUAGAGGAGAGCCGGGAGGCGAGCCGCAGCGGCGUGAAGAAGACGGAGAGCGAGCCCAUGCACAACACGCCGCAGGUCGACCCCACAGUACUGCUGCAGGACGCCAGGAGAAGUCUCCAGAACUCGAUGGCGAAGCUUGUGGAGGAGAAAGCGGGUGAGGAAAGCCGCAGACGCGCCGCUCGCGAUAUUAUCUCAUCCGCCAUACGCACUGGCAAGCCUCCGAUGCCGUACGGGCGGUCGUCCCCGAGACGUAUCAGCAGUCUCGUUAGCGGAGGUGAAUCUGAGGAGGAGGAUGAUACUCAUAUGCAUAGGCUGAGAUCGACUCGUGCAGCGCGCGCGGAGUCUGUGAGCUCCGGAGAAGAGGAUGAAGAAGAUGAAGGCUUCCACCUGCUCACUGCUGAGAAUCUCUUCUCCACGCUCCUGCACAGAGUGCGCGCGCUCACUCAGAGGCUGAACGGCGAGGAGGGUCCCGGCUUUCCGCAGCAUCCGCACUCGCUCUUCAACAACCUGCAGUCGCCCUUCUUCAACAGCCCCCAUUUACCAAGGAGACAUCUUUUACGCGAGGGCUGGGGCUCGCGCGAGCUGCACUCCGACUGGGAGUCUAUGUUCAACAAGAGCAGGCAGCCGAUGCCCAGAGGUAGUUGUAAGAAAGCCGGCAAGAAGCAACAAACGUCGAAAGCACAGCAAACGGAAACGGAGCGCGGUUUAGAUCUGUCGGACUUGGAUCUGAGCUCGAUAGAGUUUUCUGAGCGGGAGAUGGCCGCGUUGUCGGGCCUCACGCCGGCGCUCUCGCGGCGUCUGCAGCAGCAGCUGCUCGCGCACCUGCCGCCCGCCGCCGCGCGCUCGCUGCGCCGCACGCUCUCGCUGCACGCCGCGUCGCCCGCCGCAGCCGCCGCCGCGCCGCCCCGCCACCGCGCGCACCGCAGCCACUCCGCCUCCAAGUACAGCGAACCGACAAACUCCGACGUCCUCGACCGACUCGCACCCCUCCACGACAAACAACCACCCGCACCCACACACGAACCGGAUACCAAGUUGGACCUCGAAGAAAAUAACAUUAGCGAUCAAAUCCGCGAUGAUGGUGACAUUAAAGGCGUCCCACGUCGCUACCUGCGGGGACAUUCCGUUAAAUCCAUCGAUGAUGAUACCUCUAAAGACAAUACACCGGAGCAGAAUAUCGAUAGAACCGCCCCUCAAUCACCGAAAAACGAUCCCAAGAGAGUUGACGAUCUCAUUGCACAAAACGAAAAAAUAGAAAGUAUCAAUAAAAAUGACGACAUGGAUUUAGCUACGUCUUCGCACUUGGCCCAGUUUUGUACGCUACCGCGUCUCAAGCGAGGCUCGGUGACGUCUCGCGACUCCACAUCACCUGUUUCUAUCGCAGAUUCGAUAGGGUAUGAUUUUGCAGCGAAAAAUGUUGGAAAGGAGCCCUCUACAUCCAGAGCCAGUAGUAUUCGUAACUCCCAGGAUCGGCCACUUCUUAGCAAAUAUUUAAUUCCAGAACGACAUUUUUCUUUGGACGAAUCGUACACAUCUGAUUCGGGAAGUAUAAUAUCAGAACCGAGUUACAUCGCCGCAUACGGUACAUCGUCUUUGGGUAAUACGUCCGGCUUAGGUUUUAGGCGUCACUCGAUGAGGCUCCCGGGAGAUCAACCUAGAAAACGUAUUUCAAGAUUCCUCAGGUCUGACUUUUAUGACACUCCCCCUGACGAUAGUCUUUAUGCAAAACACAAAAAGGAAAAAGAAUUAGAAACACAGAAAAUUCUAAAAGAAAUACGAGAAAAGAAGAACAAGUCAUUGGAUUCCCCAAAAAGCCCAGUGGAAUGUAAUGAAACGUCAAUUUUGAAUAAAGAUGAAUCUGCUUAUCUUCGUAAAUGCUUAUCGCCAGUAGGUAAUUUAUUAAGUAGAGAACGCAGCAGAUCUACUACGCCAUUUUUCCCAAUUUUAGAUAAUAUCAAAGAAACUAAUUUAGACACUUCAUUGACGAUAACAGACGCAAAGAAAAAUAUUAAGAACGACUUGCGUAAAAGUAGUUUGACAGAAGAGAAACUUCAAAACAAAGAAUCUAAGAUGAAAAGACCUAAGAGCUAUCCAGUUAAAAGUUUUAAUUCUUUAGAAGAAACAGGCAAAACUGGAGCACAGGAAACAAUAGAAUCAAUAGAUCGGGAAAUCGAAGAAAGGAAAUCUAAAAGAGAAUCAAAACUUAUACGCCCAAAGAGUUAUCCCGCUACCACACCAUCACCAGAAAAAAUCAAUUCCAAUAAAAAUGAAAUGAAAAAGAAAGAUUUAACUUCAAAAGACGAACAUAAUAAGAACGACACCAAAAGUGACGUGGAGGUAAGCUUUAACUUUACGUUGCCCAAGAAAAAAAGUCUAACUACGAAAUCGGAAACAUUAACAAAGAAUAAUGAUUUAACAGAAGAAAAAACGGAGUUUAAACAAGAAACUUCCACGCCCGCACUUGUGUUAAAAAAAUAUAAAAUAAUCAAUGAGGAUACCGAUACGAAAAGUCUACACAAUACUCACACUGGAAACGGUACAAUCGUUGAUAAUGCCACACUAAAUGGAUCUGUAGUAGAAGACAAUAAAGUCGUAGAAAUUAAAAAAUCCGAAAGUGAUACUAAUAAAAAAACCGUUAAAAAGAAAGUUAUUAAAAAAGUUUCAUCAAAAUCAAAGACUGACGUAAUUAGUAACCAAGAAAGUAUCGAUGGUACAAAUUCAACUGAUAAGAAAAAAGUGGUAAAGAAAGUAAAAGAAAAAAGUAACGAAGAUAACAAAGCUACAGCUGUCAAAAAGAAGUCUGUUUUACAAUCCAUAGGGCAUAAAUUAGAAAAAUUAGCGUCGUCAAAAUCGAAUUCCCCAGAGAAAUCAUCUCAAAGCAGUAUAGCAUCAAAAGAACUGAAAAAAGCGUGUUCCAAAUUAAACAGAUUGCAACGAGAACAAUCUGUUCCCGUAGAAACGGAUCCUCCCACCGAAUCAAAUCUUAUCAAAAGAGCCGUCACUCUUACAGACGUUGCCGCUUUAGAUAGUCAAAAUGUUCCUCAAAAUAAAACUACUGUUUCCAAAGUUUUAGGACUCUUUAAGAAAUUUGAAUCAAAAGAAAAAAGUCCAAAGUCUGUUAUCGAAAAUUGUGCGAGUGAAGAUCCUAUAAUGAGCAAUAGUAAAAGUAACAAAUUCGAUACUAAUACCGAAACGAACUUAGAGAACGAGAAAGAUAAACCAAAAAGGCCAACCUCAUUAUUGUUAAAUGGCUUAGGACGUAAAAAUAAAUAUAAUAAAUCGGCAAGUGACAGUGUUUCCGUUAUCUCAUUAGAAACAGACGAGCAGCCAGUACUUAAGAAAGAUCGUGAACCCAAAGGUGUUAGAAAUACGUUAAAAUUAGAUUUCUCCAAAUUGCCAAGAGUAAAAAAAAUAGUUCCUACAAAUCCUGUGAUAGAACCGCAAAUUAUGAAUGUAUCACUGACUGAUAAAGAAAACGAAAAGAAAAAUAUAGUAGAAAAAAGCCAAAUAAUACUCGACAGCAAUGACGCAAACGACAUACAAUCUCGCAGUCGCUCGAGAAGCAGGUCGAUCUAUUCUAAUUCCGAUGUUAAAUCUGAACAUAGUGCAGAAAUAAAAGGAGCAGAUAAAUUUUCCGAAACAUUUACUGGAAACUCGGCUCUUAGACUUAUCCGCAACAAGGAUUCCAUUAGUCCCGAAAAGGAAGACAUCGUUGAUAGAAUUCGAAGAAAAAGUUUUUAUUCGAGAUUCAAUGAAAAAAAGCAAAGACGGAAAAGUAGUUUAGUGGGCCCCGGCGCCACUGAAUAUGAUCCUGUGGCGCGGCUGCACUCCCAGCCCGCGGAGACUAAACUGGACGUCUCUCCCUCGUCUCCUAUCAACUACGACUUGUCACCCGGCUACUCCAUCGCGUCAGACUUGUCACCGUCCACCGACCGGUACAGAUCCCUUCUCACUGAUCUUCCAAGUAACCGGGGUUUGAGAUACGAUAGUAUCAAUGACAAAAUUGACACAUACAGGUCACUGGACCGGAAUGACUUGAGGAAGUAUUCCAGCGGCAGGAGUUACCUAGAUUACGAUCAACCAGGGACAUACGGCGGUCACAGGUACUCACGAACCAAAUCUCUCCUCGAAAAUUGUGAUGGUAACGAGGACCACGGCUUGAGUCACCUGAGAGACCCUGUGAAAUACAGUAGGACUAAUUCUUUGUACACUCCUGGGAACUACGCUACGUACAGACCGAAAAGGACGAGGAAUUCCGCUAUUAUAUUAAAAGAAAGCGAAAAGGAACCGAGCCCAGAAAACAUACUUGAGAAAAUAAGGAAUAGAAAGAUCUCAAUCAGCGUGACGAGGAAAGCCGACUCUGAGGAUUCACUGCCAAGAUCCAAUGUCUCAUCUAAAAGCGAAGGCGACUGUGCAGAACGCUCUGAGAAAACUGACUGAGAGGCGCUACUGAGCGGUCUGCGAGAUUCAACAUCGAUCGUUUGUGAUUAAACGUUAGCAUUAUCAACAAACUUUACACAUAAUUUAUUUAUUCAUUUUAGAAUUAUAAUUAGUCGAUCACAGUCUACCAUAUAAAUUGCUUCUUGCUGUUUGAAUAUUUGAUUUUAGUUCUUGCCACUGAGCUGUAGUAUGCAUUUCGCAAUAUAAGUUAAGACGCAAAAUACUCAAAGGUGUAACUUUAAUUUGGGAAUUGAUUUUAACUUAGUCAAGAAUGUCUAUAAUAAUGUAAUUGCAACGUAAAUGAAGUGUCUGAAUUACAUGUUAAGAUAAGGCGUGAAAUAACUUUUCUAUUUUAAGAUAAGCGAGGAAUUGCAUUGAUAAGGCAGUAACAGUAUGUGCUUUUUGAAAUCGAAUUGACUAGAGUUAAUUAUCAAUGAAAGUUGGAAAUGUUUUGCGAUUAACUUUUUUUUAAGGAAAAGGUUAUAUGAAACACAUCUUACGUGCCUUUAUACGACAUAAGCGACUGGAUUUUAUAUAAAACUUUUUAUUAUUAGAAGAGGGCGACACGAUUUUUGUGUGUUUGCACAAAUAACGCUGGUUAUUUUGAACUUUAGCUGUCGUAGUUGACUUUGUAUGCUGCCGAAGUCAAUUUAAGUUAUAUUAACAAAACAUGAAAGUAUUGAAAGCUAAGUCACGAAACAGUUAUCGAAUAGAAUGGUGCUUAGUUGAAGAUUUUCUUAGAAUAUAAUUUGUAUUUAUAGAAUAUGUUAAAGAAUUUGUAGGUAUGAACUAUAUCAACGAAAGUUUUGUGUUUCCUUUCAAAAGUAAUUUAUAUUUUAAUUGUAAUUUUUAAACACUAUAUAAAGGAAUUGUUUGCAAUCGUUGCCAUAUUCACCUCUCUGUAGUGGACAGUGGUCAGCUAGGCUAUAGGACGGGCGUUGACAGACAUAGACAUUUUGCGCCACCUCCAUUAUUUUUCAUAUCGAAUCUAUUUAUUACUUUUUUUUAUUAGAUUGAGUCUAUUUAUUAGUGUGUGGUGAUUGUUAAUAUUUGUACCGUUUGUCAUGGUCGAGCGAUACUGUGAUUUGAAGAUAAAUAUUAAAAUUACUAUCACACGCGUUUUGUAUUGAAUGUGAAUAAAUCAUAUAGUUGAAAUGCUA